AUGGCUCAAUUCAAGAAGCUCGAUCAUAUCUAUGUAGCUAUGGCAAAAUCUAAUAGAAUUCCCGGGAUGGCCUUAGUCGAUGUACACAAUAGGUAUCAAUCAGAUAUCAGGGUCGAAGAUGAUAAGAUUCUGGGAGUGAUCGAUCGAAGAGAACGGCAGAUCGAGAUUCUCGAUCGAAGGGAAAAUGGGCGCAACAGCGAAUCGGGCAAGAAUGAUAGGAGGAAUGAUCGGAGGAACGAUCGAGGCCAAAGUAGUCGUGGACAGAUGAACAGAAAUACUGUCGAUAGAGCCUCGAGAAACAAAGAAACUCCAAGGUUAUCCGAGUAUAAUUUCUGCGUCGAUGUAGCGACCAUAGUGGCGGCCGUUAUCCUUAACAGAGAAACAAGGCAUCCAAGGCCAAUCCAAUCUGAUCCAGAGAAACAGGAUAAAAGCCUUAUUUGCAAAUGCCAUCACAGUCACAGCCAUCGAACCGAAGAUUGUCGACAGCUGAGAGGGAAGGUUGCCCAACUGUUCAAUUUGCGACACCUUCAAGAAUUCCUACGUGAACGAGCAAAAACUCAUUUCGAGAACGUGGACUCCAACAAGCAGGAUAGGCCGGAAGAGCCUCAUCAAGUGAUACAUAUGAUCGUGGGAAGAACGGACGUUCCCAUUGGGACGGUCGUAAAACGCACCAAAAAUUCCAUAACAAGGGAAAAGCGUACUCGGAAUGACGAUCCCGACGGUCCCAUCUCGUUCAGUGACGAGGACAUGGAAGGCAUCGCGCAGCCUCAUAACGACGCACUGGUAAUAUUUGUCCUUGUCAAUAAAUUUAGAAUCAAACGUGUGCUAAUUGAUCCAGCUAGCUCGGCUAAUAUCAUCCGUCGGAGAAUCAUCGAGCAGCGAGGACUACUAGAUCAGAUCGUGCCAGCAAUACGAGUUCUCAACGGAUUCAACAUGGCCUGCGAGACGAUGAAGGGUGAGAUCACUUUACCGAUCAACAUGGCAAGAACUACGCAGCAAACAAAAUUUUAUGUGAUAGAGGGAGACAGAAUAUAA